CAAAUGCUUGAAGAGCCAAUCCAGGCAGAAAGACGGUUAUUAUCUCAGAUAUGGAUCAACUCAUAAACAACUUGGAAGUCCAACUUAAUUCAGAAGGUGGCUCAAUGCAUGGCUUCAAACAGGUCACUGGCUCUAUUCACAUCAGAGAUCCUCCUAAGUCAGCAAACAGUGGGAAGAUGACAUCUCCACCAUUCCUGGAUGCCAAUCCUAUGGAGAACCCAGCUCUAAUUAGUGACAUCAAGAUUGAUCCCCCAGAAGAACUUCUGGCUAAUGAUUUCAACCUGCCCCAGAUGGAACCAGUCGACCUCUCUUUUCACAAGCCCAAGUCUCCUCUACAGCAUGCCAGCCUGCUGCAAGCUCCAGUACAUCCUCCCAAGCCACAGCCUGCUCUCCAGACACGUGUAGUGUCCACGUCAACAUCUGACACAGGCACAUCAGCAGAUAUCCCUACUGUUCUGAAUCCAAGCUCUAUCCUGGCCUCCUCUCAGGGCACUGGUGGCCAGCAGAUCUUACAUGUGAUUCACACCAUUUCCUCAGUCAGGCUGCCAAAUAAGUUGGGUGGCCUGAAGACAUUCCCAGUGGUGGUACAGUCACUGCCCAUGGUGUAUACUACUUUGCCUGCAGAUGGGGGCCCUGCAGCCAUUACAAUCCCACUCAUUGUAGGAGAUGGUAAAAAUUCUGGAUCAGUGAAAGUUUACCCCACCUCCAUAUCUUCACUGGAUAUCCCAAGUGACAGUGAGGAGAGUGCAACUGAGAGUGGAUCUUUGGCUUUACGGGGUAUUCAGGGACUACAGCAAGAACCAUCAGCAAUGACCCAAAUGCAGGGAGAAGAGUCUCUUGAGUUGAAGAGAAGACGGAUUCACCAAUGUGAUUUUGCAGGAUGCAGCAAAGUGUACACCAAGAGCUCCCACCUGAAAGCCCACCACAGAAUCCAUACAGGAGAGAAGCCUUAUAAAUGUACCUGGGAUGGCUGCUCCUGGAAAUUUGCUCGUUCAGAUGAACUUACCCGCCAUUUUCGCAAGCACACAGGCAUCAAGCCCUUCCGGUGCACAGACUGCAACCAUAGCUUUUCUCGCUCUGACCACCUAUCCCUGCACCGCAGGCGCCAUGACACCAUGUGAGCAGCAUAGACUGCACUAGAAGAGCUGCACUGGUCUUUUUUUGUGCAUGUACAUGCAUGCUCAAUGAGAUCAUAACC